AUGUGGACAUCUCGAGCGCGACAGCCCGUGAUAAAUAUUGUCACCGUCUCACGUCGUCUUCCUCGGACUACUCGGCCUGCUAUCUUUACCGGGAGAAGAGGUUAUGCCAGUAAUGGCCCUAAUGCAUCGGAACAGUCUGGAUCCUCUUCACGUUGGCUUAAAACUUCUCUAGGCCUUGCGGGAACAGGCGCCGCUGCUUUUCUCGUCUACACCUAUGCGACACUCGAUAAGAAUCCGGCCGGAAGUCAAGCAGACAAGAAGGCUCAUACUCUCUCCCAGGCCACUGAGCAACUGGAGUCGCAAAUUCGUUAUUUUGACGGCCAGGUGCUCAGAGACCUUAAGCUUUCUGACAAGUCUGGUGCAGCGAUUGCAGAAAACGGUGACCUCAUUCAGUGGGGUAAGGGCUAUUCAGAGUCCGAGUUCAAGCCCACAAAGACUUUGGCAGGAAAGAAUUUGACUUCGCUGUGCAUGUCAAACGACCGAAUACUCGCAUUAUCAGCAGACGGCAGUGUUUACUCUCUUCCAAUUGCCAAGGAUGAUCAACAGUCCGGCCGAAAACCUAAAGAAAGCUCCUGGGUACCUUUCUGGUCUGGAAAAUCUGGACUGGGUGAGAAGGUCACUAUGCUCCGCGGCGGAUUAGAGCAUGCCCUUCUCUUGACGAACCAUGGCCGCGUAUUCUCUGUCGCUUCUUCUACAGAGAGCUAUCCAUCUUUUGGACAGCUUGGUAUCCCAGGGUUGACUUGGGCAACCCGACCUAAAGGGCCAGUCGACAUGUGUCAUGAGAUUGAGGCAUUCAAGGGCACCAAGAUUACGCAAAUCGCUACCGGAGACUAUCAUUCUCUGGCUCUAAGCAAGGAUGGUAGCUUGUUUACUUUUGGCGAUAAUUCCUUCGGACAAUUGGGUAUGGCGUUUGACGCCGCACUACCUUUUAGUGACACACCUACCUCUGUACCCAUCAAAAACCUUUACAAGGGGAAUAUGUGGUUCCCCAAGGUAACGGGAAUUGCAGCCGGUGGUGCCAACAGCUUUUUCACCGUGGAUGCACAACGAAUCGUUGGUCCUGGUGAAAACCCUUCCGCUAUCCGCGAUUUGGACCGCAUUACGGCUGACACCUGGACAUGCGGAAGAGGAAUUUGGGGUGCUCUUGGUAAUGGAAAAUGGACUCACAUGCAAGAGGCCCCCACCAAGGUCAAGUCCUUGAGCGGUUUGUUUGAGUAUGACGAACGGAAGAAGCAAUUGACACCUAUUCAUCUUCGCUAUCUAUCAGUGGGGACAACGCACGUAUCAGCGGUACUGGACAACAAUGCUCAUAUCGAUUCAUCGCCUAGCAAUUCUUUGAACGAUGCCACCAACUUUGGGUUCGAUGUGCUCUUUUGGGGAGGUAAUGAGCAUUUCCAACUUGGUACGGGCAGGAGAAGCAACCAAUCCAAGCCAAUUCAUAUCAACGCUCCUCCGGAGGGUAAAGGCGAACUUGCUGAGCAGGAGGCACGGCUUCAGGUCAUGCCUCGUCACAAGGGAAAGAUUGGCUCCCGCACAGUGAAAAUGGAGCAGCGCGUGGAGUGCGGGAGACACAUCUCUGCAAUCUACUCUUCUAACCAAAAAAGAGGUCGCCGGGCGGCUGAAAAGGCUGAGAAAGAUGCCGCGAAGCGGAAGCGCGAAGAAGCCCCCGAAGAUUCCCUCCCGAAACGGAUGAAGCCCUCGACGGACGAGUCGGACGAAAUCAAUCAAGGAGCCGACUACAUACCUUUCGACGAGAAUUACAAUGAGAACUAUGAUGGAAACUACGAUGGAAACUACGAUGAGAAUCAAAGUGCUGCGCCUCCCGGUGAUAUGCCCUUCUAUGGUCUUCUCGAUCCCGAGGAACAGGAAUAUUUCUCUCGAGCCAAUGAGGUGUUGGAAUUGAACCAAUUCCAGGAUGCAGAUGAGCGCAGAAUAUUCCUAGACAGUGUCUAUAAAGAGGCUGACGGAAAGGAGUUGAAAAUCGCAUGCAGUCAGGGAUGCUCACGGCUCAUGGAGAAACUGAUUUCGAUGUCGGAUAUGCGCCAAAUUCACAGGCUUUUUAACAAAUUUAUCGGCCACUUCCUGAAUCUUGUGCAGCAUCGUUUUGCUAGUCAUUGCUGCGAGACUCUCUUUAUCAAUGCUGCACCCGGUGUAACACAGAAAGUCUCGAAGUCGAAAAGUGAUAAGAUGGAUAUAGACAAGGAAGAGGGAGAGGAGCCCGAGCCUGAACUGUCGUUGGCAGAGAUGUUCAUCAAGGUGGUCGAAGAAUUGGAGGGCAACUGGGGUUACCUACUGACAGAACGGUUCGCGUCACAUACAAUCAGAGUUUUGCUUCUUGUGCUUGCGGGAGAGCCUGUGGACGUUUCAGCGAACGACUCGGUUGUUGCAAGCCGUAAGAAAGAGAAAUUGGGUCUACUACAGGGAGAGACACAGGAUGGGGAUGCCUCUGCGCAAAAAAGAAGCGUACCGGAUGUGUUCGAGGCUACUUUGAAGAAGAUUAUGAAGGACAUGGUCUCCGUACUUGAUGACACAUAUUUGAGAGCACUUGCGACUCAUCCAGUUGGAAAUCCGGUGCUUCAAGUCUUAGUGUCUUUGGAGCUCUCGCAUUUUGGAAAAUCGAGUGCCAAGGAUCCAAAUUCUAUAACAAGACGGCUAAUUCCGGAUGAGAGCUUUGAGGAGGGCUCUGAGACCACAACGUUUGUGCGCGGAUUACUCUAUGACCCAGUGGGAUCUCGGUUACUCGAAACAAUUGUGCGUUGUAUGCCCGGAAAGGCAUUCAAGGGUCUUUACAAGAACUUCUUCCGCGACCAAAUAACUUCCCUUGCCCGCAAUAUCACCGCCGGGUAUGUUGUGCUUCGAGUGCUGGAGAGACUCGGAAAGGAUGAUCUCCAACAAGCCUUGGAGCGGAUUGUUCCUCAGAUUCCUAGUCUUCUCGAGCGGUCUAGGAUGGUCGUUCCCAAAGUGCUUAUUGAGCGAUGCCUAGUCCGUGGAGUUGACACAGCACCCCUCGCUCGAGCCCUAGAGGAAGCCUACGAUACAGACCCUGCUCGGAGACUGGAACAAAUUCUGCGACUAGAGAACACAACCCAAGAGGAAUCUGAAGAGUCAGAGCAGAAGGCGGCCAAUGUUGCUCCCAGUCAAUCAUCAACAGGAGAAAAGCUCCAUGGUUCGCUACUUGCACAGACAAUGCUCACUGCUCCUGGUCCGAUAAGCGGGCUCGUUUAUACAAGUCUGUUGGCGCAAUCUUCGGAAUCACUCGUUAAGAUCGCCAAGGAUCCCACCGCAUCUCGCGUCCUACAACAAGCUCUUACAUCUCCGACAUCUACCACUCAAUUCCGUCGACAGUUUGCUCCACGCUUCACCAGUCACUUGAAGGAGCUUGCCCUCGAUAGCAGCGGAUCCCAUGUGGUAGACGCACUCUGGCCUGCGACCAAGGACAUUUUCUUUAUCAAGGAGCGAAUGGCACAGGAGUUGACUCAGCAUGAAAUGGAGCUUCGGGACUCUUUCGUCGGCCGUGCUGUCUGGAGGAACUGGGCGAUGGAUCUCUACAAGCGACGACGGGGCGAAUGGGCUAUGAAAGCCAAAGGUUUUGAUAACAACAAUGGCUCUGGAGAUAGACCCAAGUCUAGAAUAGAACUUGCACGGGCUAAGUUUGCUGCAAAGGCAGAGGAGGAUGCGAAAAAAGCAAUUACAACCAGUCAUAGAUGGCUGAUUCUUCCCCGUCCCGCCGCGCGGAAGAAGUGCGAAGUUGCGGUCGAAGACCUCCUGAUUCCCUUCAUCCGGUCUGCAGAUGAAGAUCCCUUAGGCCAGAAGGCAUUGGAAAAUGGCGUCAAUGGAACCAACGGCACUCAUAACAACCUCAAACCAUCGAGUACUUCAUUAGUGGACCACAAGAGACCGGAGGAACUUCAGAAAAUUCUUCAAUUGGAAUUGCCAGAGCAAGGAGCGGGACAAGAUGGCCUGGUCGAGGCACUGCAGAAGGUCUUGCGAUACUCCGUCAAUACCUGGCACCAGGGCUUCCUUGACAAGCUGUAUGCAUCCACCAAUGCCCCGGGUGUAGCUUCUGAGCUCAUCUUGGCCGCCUUGAACACAAACGUCCACGUUUACCAGGUCUCGCCCGCUUUAACGGUCAUUGAGAAGUUCACCGGGAAACAGCUGGCUACGCUUUUUGGACUCAAUGGCCCACGAGCGGGAGGUAUAUCGGUCCAAGGUGGUUCUGCCUCGAACACGACAUCAAUUGUCAUUGCACGAAACAAUCUUUUCCCUGCUACGAAAAAAGACGGAAACGGAGAUUACCGUUUCGUGCUAUUCACAAGCGCCCAUGGCCAUUACAGCAUUGAGAAGGCAGCGCAGAUGCUAGGACUCGGAAGUAGCUCAGUUUGGGCUGUACCUAUCGAUAAGCAAGGACGCAUGAUUCCAGCGGAGCUGGAGAACCUAGUCCGAAAGGCCCUGAGGGAGAACCGUACCCCGUUCUACGUCAAUGCGACAGCGGGAACAACCGUUAUGGGAUCUUUCGACCCGUUCGACGAAAUCGCCGCCAUCUGCAAGAAAUACAAUUUGUGGUUCCAUGUUGACGGAUCCUGGGGUGGCUCGUUUGCUUUCUCCAAACGCCAGCGACAGAAACUCGCCGGCGCAGAGAAGGCGGACAGCAUCGCAAUCAACCCUCACAAAAUGCUCGGCGUGCCAGUGACCUGUUCGUUCCUCCUUGCGGCUGACCUGCGUCGCUUCCAUCGUGCAAACACCCUUCCUGCUGGGUACCUGUUCCACAAUGAAGACACCGAGCUUCCCGAAGCUAACGGCUGUAAUGGCACCAUCGAGUCCGAACUCGGCGUUGACUCGCCCGAAGUCUGGGACCUGGCAGAUCUGACGCUCCAGUGCGGUCGACGCGCCGAUUCCCUCAAGCUCUUCCUCGGCUGGACUUAUUACGGGACGGCAGGGUACGAGAAGCAGAUUGACACUGCCUGCGACACUGCGGCGCAUCUCGCAACCCUCGUCGCCGAGAACCCGAACUUCAUCCUCGUCAGUGAGAACCCUCCCCCAUGCCUCCAGGUCUGCUUUUAUUACGCUCCCGGCGGACAAUUCCUCCAUCCUCGUGGCAUCGUCUCAGAUGAGGCCGAGCGCGGCAAAGCCAACAGCAAGGUCACCGAGCAGGUGACGCAUGCGAUCGUGAGCAAGGGCUUCAUGGUUGAUUUUGCGCCACCCAGCGGUGAUGAGGAUGCCGUCGGAAAUGGGAAGUUCUUCCGCUGCGUAGUUAAUGUGCAGACCACAAGGGAGACCGUCGAGGCGCUUCUGCGGGCAAUUGAAGAGGUUGGCCCGGGUAUAAUUGAGAACAUGAAGGUGCAGAAUGCCCCAAAGAACUUUAACAGACCAGGAGAACGGGGCCACGGUCCAGUUGUUCACCACCCUUGA